CUUCAAUUGAGAAUUCCGAAUUGGCAGCCGCGCUGUGUGAAAUCGCUGCUGGUGAUGGGUACGCCGGGAUCGAAGGUGCCGUACGAGCAGCUCUUCAAGUGCAUCACCAUGGGCGACGUAGGCGUGGGGAAGUCGUGCCUGCUGCUUCAGUUCACGGAGAUGAGGUUUCGGCUGGAGCACGACCUCACCGUCGACGUCGAUUUCGGCACGCGCAUCGUUACUAUCGACGACAAGCCCACCAAGCUCCAGAUCUGGGACACGGCUGGCCAAGAAACAUUCAGGGAGGUAACUAGAAUGUACUACAGUGGUGCUGCUGCUGCCAUCUUGGUCUAUGACAUCACCAGGAGGGAGACUUUUGAUCAUGUUCCAAGGUGGCUGGAGGAUGCAAGGCAGCUUGCACCAGACAAUCUGACUGUAAUGCUAGUAGGGAACAAAUGCGACCUGUCUGAUAAACGUGCUGUCAGCUAUGAGGAGGGUGAAAGGUUCGCCAAGGGGCAUGGUCUCAUCUUUUUGGAGUCAUCAGCAAAAACUUCAGAAAAUGUUGAGGAGGCAUUCACUAUUGCCGCUAGAGCAGUGUCCAAGAAAAUCAAAGAUGGAGUCAUCGAUUUAUCACCAAAGGUCAGUUUUCAGUUGCCUGCCUUUUCCUUUUUCAAGAGUUUCUUCAAGUUUGUGCUAACCAAAUAUUUCUGGAUUACCAGCUGUUUCAAUGAUGAUUGAAUUCAAUCUUGGUUCUGUGUUAUGUACUUAUGUGUCAAGUCCUUAUGUGCGAAACAUGUGUAAUAUCGUGUUUUUACAACCCAGAGAAGUGUUCGUUUUUUGUGAAAAAGCAUCUUGGUGAUGGCAUUUCUUUUACAUAAUAUCUUGCCUGAAGAAAUAUGACUAAACGCAUCAGAGAUCUCAUGUUAUGUUCUAUGUGAGACCU